AAAGAAAAAUAGUGAUUCUGCAAAUCACCGUCCUACCCAGGGCUUCCAAUUUUUAUUAUCAGACUGGAUUGAAUGGGGUGUUAAAUAAAUAAUUUUUAUGCUGAUUUAAAAAGAAAAGUCUUUUACCCUUCAUUUGGGACAUCGAGCUUUAGAUUUAAAUUUCAUCAAUUUUAUUCCAAUUUGUUUAUAAAAACUUGUGUAUCGGAAAAAAGAAAUUCCAGAUGAGCACUAUUUAUAUUCGCCAUUGUUUUUGAUAUAUAAUUAAACUACAAGUUUUUGUAGUGGAUGAAAUAUGUUUUGAAAUAGAUAUGCUAAAAGGCUUUAAAUAAACCUUUUAUUUCAUAAUUUUACAAUCGACUGAGUAGCUAUAAUGUGUGACAUUUUUGGUUUGACAAAAAUAACCUAUUGUUUGGUAAUAAUAUUAAGAAACUGCUACUGUGAUCAACAGUAUAAAAGAGAUGUAGACCUGAUUUUCUCAAAUAUGAAAGACAUUAGAAGGUUCACCUUCGGAUUGUCAAACUAUUCAGCAAUUGUUGGUGGAUUAGAAGAAGUUCGGGCCCUAGAUUAUGAUUAUGCUUCAGAUUUACUUUUUUAUAUUCUAGUUGAUGACCAAGAUAAUUAUUUUAUAAUGAAGACUUCAAUAAAUAAACCUGGAGUUUCUACUGUUGUGGUAAAAGGAAACAAAAAUAUCAACAGUUUUGAAGGUAUCUCAGUAGAUUGGGUGACAAAAAAAAUAUACUUUACAGACAUUACUACUAAUCGGGUUGAGACUUGUCAAUAUGAUGGUGAACUUCGGCGUGUUUUGGUUUCUGAAAUGUCAGACCAACCAAUGGGUAUAGCAUUGUUACCGCAAGAAGGAUUUAUGUUUGUGGCUUUUUCGGGAGAAAAUCUUAGAAUAGUUCGAUUUCGAAUGGAUGGAUCCCAUCGCAAGUUAUUGCUAGAAGUGAGUUAUCCUAUUAAGAUGCCUUGUUCUAUAGCUGUUGAUACUGCAACAAAUUUAGUAUAUUGGGGAGACACUCUUUACAAUCAAAUCGAAUCUAUGACAAUAUCAGGAAAAAAUAGAAGCUUUAUUAAAUUAGAUUCUGAUAAAAAGCCCUAUUACAUUGCAGCAUUUGGUGGAAAAGUGUUUUGGACAAAUCAAUUUUCAAAAAUAUUUGCAUGGACUUUUAACCAAACUGUAUACGAAAUCAGUAGUUUUUUUGGAAGUUCUAUCUCUCCACAUGGCAUAGCUGUAUACUCUCCUGAUAAACAACCCAAAGUUAACACUAGCUGUAUAAACAAUGGAGGUUGUUCACAUCUUUGCUUGUUAUCUAAAGAUAUUUCUGUGUGUCAAUGUCCCACUGGUGUUACGUUAAAAACUGACAAAAAAUCUUGCAGUGAGAUUAAGAAGUUUUUAUUGGUUGGUCGCAAAACUGAUGUUAGAAUGAUAUCACUGGAUGUAGAAGAAUUUGUAGAUAUUGUUCUUCCAAUAAAAGAAAUGCGGCAUGCUUCUAGUAUUGAUUAUGACAUCUUAGAGCAAAAGGUCUACUGGACUGAUUCUUAUACUAAAAGUAUCAAUAGAGUGUUUUUGAAUGGAACAGGUCAUGAACAAGUUGUAAAGACUGAUAUAGUUAAACCUGCUCACUUAGCAAUUGAUUGGAUUGCUCGUAAUCUUUACUGGAGUGAUACAUCACUGAACCGAAUUGAGGUUUCUCGCCUUGAUGGUUACUCACGAAAAAUAAUUGUUUCUGAAAAUCUUAUUAAACCGCAUGGAAUUGCUAUAGAUCCUGUUGGAGGUCACAUCUACUGGAGUGUUAGGGGAAAUUACACUAGAAUUGAGUGUGCUGAUUUAGAUGGUGGCAACCGAAUUGAUAUAGUUUGGGAAAAUUUGCUAUUUGUAAAUGGUAUUGUUUUUUAUAAGAACAUUCUUUACUGGACUGAUGAUGGAGUAACAGAAAUCGGAAUGUAUGAUACAAUAAAAAAGCAGCGUUUUAAACUUUCAGCUGAAGUUCAACAACUAUUUGCAAUAUCUGCUUUGGAUAAUUAUUUAUAUUUGACUGAUUUUCUACGUAAAGUAACUCGUUUUAACAUUGCUACAAAAGAACUUAGAACGCUUAUAUCAGGUGAUUCAAUGGCUGAUGUUAUGAGCAUAAAAGCUGUUGAUACUCAGCUAUUAACUGGUUACAAUCCAUGUCACUAUCAAUAUACUAAAUGCAGCCAUCUUUGCUUUUUUAAUGUUAUGAAAAAUGCUUCCGUUUGCGCUUGUCCAGCAGAAAUGGAGUUGUCUCUUGAUACUGUGACAUGUAUUGUUCCAAACGGCUUUCUUUUAUAUUCUGGUAGUAUUGAUGGACUUAAAAAGUUGUCAAUAAAUACAAACAGAGCUUCAAAACUGUCAUUGCCAAACUCUAAAUCGGCAAGAUUACUGGAAAUAUAUUCUAAUGAAAGUCGUAUCUUCUGGUCAGAAGAAACAGAUCCCUACUAUACUAUUAACAGUGCAUAUUUAAAUGGUAGUGGAUUUAAAACUGUUGUUUCUGGAGGCUUAAAAAAUGUUAAUGGUUUAGCAAUUGACUGGAUGGCUCAAAAUAUUUACUGGAUUAAUGGUAGGAUUGAAGUGGCAAGGCUUAAUGGUUUAUUUCGAAAAGUCUUGAUCUAUGGAGAAGACAUAUUGGAGCUUACUCUGAUUGUAAUUAAUCCAGUAGUUAGUCGAAUGUAUUGGUUCCAACAAAGUUUGUAUGGAUCAGAUCAAUAUUCAUUAUGGCAGGCUAAUUUAGAUGGUUCAUCUAGACAUCUUUUAAUAAAAGGAAUUCAUCCAACAAGCUGCUCCAUUGAUUACAAGACAAACAACAUUUAUUGGGUUCAUCAAAAAUUGCAGGAUUCUUCUAUUGAGUUCUAUGAUUUUAAAUCUUUUAAACGUGUUUUAGUUCAUAGUGGUUUACCCCCCACAUACGCAUUGCUUGUAUUUCAAGACAGUCUUAUAUUUGGAAGUCAUGGUGACUCUACAUCAAUAAAGAAGUUAUCUGUGAUGGGAAAAGGUCAAGUUAUUGAUCUGAUAAAAGAUACUCCUUUUAUUCAUGACAUAAAAGUUGUUCAUAAUGGUCUUCAACUAGGAUCAAAUUUGUGCUCUAGAAACAAUGGUGGAUGUGAACAUCUUUGCUUUGCUUUAAGUGUUACUAGUAGAGUUUGCAGUUGCGCUACUCAUUAUAACCUUGUUGAAGAUGGCCGUUGUUUUCAACCAGAACAUUUUUUAAUUUUUAGUUAUGAGUUCUCAUUUGCACGUGUGAUUUUUCAGGACUCAGUUCCUGAAGCUGUUUUACCUAUUUAUAGUCAGGUAAAGUCUUCAGCUAUUGCUUUUGAUGAGGUUCGUAAUUUUUUGUAUUGGUUAGACUCUAGUACAACUUCAGUAUCUAGGGUGCAUCAAAAUGGAAGUGGUUAUGAAAGUAUAAUGCUUUCUUAUUCUGAAUCCAGUAUUUUACCAGAUCCAUAUGACUUUGCCUUGGAUCAAUUUAGUAACUCCAUUUAUUGGACCGAUAAAAAUAAUAAUGCUAUAAAGUUUAUUAAUUUAUUUACAAGAAAAAACGGAACAAUUUUUCAUGAAAAUUUGUAUUUUCCGCGCAAAAUAGCUGUUUUUCCCGAACAUGGCAGUUUAUUUUGGACCAAUGAAGAUUUAGAAAGUCAAAAAUGUAGCAUCAUGUCAACUAAAAUAUCAGGUGUUCACUCUACAACUUUGUUAAAAGUUAGAAAAUCGAUUAUAGUUGACAUAGCUAUAGAUUUUAUAAGCCAUCGCCUUUUCUGGUUAGACACAGACUCCAUACAUAGCAUUUCACUAUCUGGUAAAGAUUUUAUUGAUAACAUAGUUCAAAAUAUUCAUACACCUGUAGCUCUUGCUGUGUUUGGCCAAUAUUUAUUCUAUGCUGAUAGUUCAAGAAGUUUUAUUUAUAAAGUUUCUAAAGAAAAUAUAACAACUCAAACUGUUUUUCACGGUAAAUACGAACAUUUAUCAAGUUUAGUUGUUGUAAAUUUAACACGAGGAAAAGAUUCUCAUCCUUGCAGAAUUAACAAUGGAGGUUGCAGUGAUAUUUGUACUAUCAAUUAUCAAAUUGAUCAUUCACCUUUAAAAAGUUCCCCAAUGCCUUUGUGUGCAUGCCCACUGUUUCAAUCUCUUGUUAAUGGUAGCACUUGUGAAGUUCAUGAACAUUGCAACAGUGUCAACGAAUUUUUUUGUAAAUCUGAUAGCUUAUGCAUAAACAGUUCAAAAAAGUGUGAUUAUAAAGAAGACUGCACAAAUGGUGAAGACGAACUGUGUUCUUACCCUUACCAACCAUGCAAUACAGGCUUUAUAGCAUGUGGAAGUAAAGGUUGCAUAGAUGUGAGUAAAAGAUGCAAUGGUAAAGUUAAUUGUCCUCAUGGAGAAGACGAGUAUAAUUGUGAUUUAUGUGGCCAAAAUCAGUUCCACUGCAAAGAUGACUACCGAAGAUGCAUUAAUGAUUUUCAAAUAUGUGAUGGGUUAACAGACUGCUUUGAUGCCUCUGAUGAGUUUAACUGCAAAAAAAGAAAUUUAACUAAAGUUCAACUAACUCAACAGACUAAAGAGACUAGCAUUGCAGCUGGAAUAAUAUCAGGUGUUGUUGUUUGCAUAAUAUUACUUAUUUUUGCGUUGUUUUUUUUCAUCCGAAUUCGACAAUCGAAAAAAACUGUUUCUCGAGAACAAGAAAUGUCAAUGUGGCCGUUGAAUCAACUUAGUUCUGAAAUUGGUUCAUUAACUGGUGAAAGUAAUUAUACAAAAAGUUCCAUAUCGACGUACGUAUCUACUAUGUCAAAAAAUACAGAUAAAUCGUUUUAUGAUAGAAAUACCGUUACUGGUGCUUCUUCUGUCGUUUCCGAUUAUAGCCAUAUUCCUUUAAAUCCUCCUCCAUCGCCAACGACUGAUCGGGGAUUUUCAGUGAUUUCUGAUGCUCCUAGAACGUACGAUUACACAUCGUGUGAUCAGUGUAGUUGUCAAACUGGGGAAGAAUACGAUGCUCCACCACCUACAUUAGCUUCAUUAGAUGAGUUAGAAUUGUAUUGCCCAAUUAACAAACAUUUACAAGCAAAUUGGUACCAUUUAGAUAGCAUUUCAAAUAAUUCUCAUCAAGUUCAUAAUAACAGCAAUAAGCGAGUGCGAAGUAGAAACCGCAACAUUCGCAAUAACACUUCUAAUAAAAUUAACGGCUCCCAUAUUUCUGGAAAAGGAGUUUCUAAAGUUGAUUCCUUACAAAGACAAUGGUUAUGUACGGAGGAAUCAGACUUGGACUCUUCUUACGAAAGAGAGGGAAAUUACGGAGACGUUAACAAUCGACUUUUAAUAUUUGAUCCACCUCCUACGCCGUGCACAAACUAUUUGUCAGAGGAAGAUAGGCCUUCCUCAGAUACAGAAACUAGUGUUGUAGCAUAUGGUAAUAGUAUUCGUACGCAUUUUGCGCCUCCCCCAUCUCCAGUAAGCUAGCUUUUACAACAUUAGAUUAUUUGUCCAAAAAAUAUUUGUUGUAUUUUAUAAAAAAAACUUUUUCCAAUAAUAUACACACACGCAAAACAUAUACCAGGCUUAAAUACAUAUUAACUAAUAGAAAAA